AUGUUUUUCUCAUUACUGAACCUUCUCAUCUGCAGCCAAGUUGCCUUGGGCAGCAUCCAUCGCCGGGUAGCGCCUAUUCCUCCAGCUCAGGAUCCUUUCUAUCAACCACCAGCGGGUUACGAAAAUGCCGUGCCGGGGGCCAUCCUUAGGUCCAGGCCUGCCCCAGCUAAACUUCAAGCGCUCAGCCUUGUUUCGGUGAACAUCAAACAAGUCACCCAACUCCUGUACCGUACGACGAAUGCUCUGGGACAGCCAAAGGUCACUGUCAGCACUGUCAUGGUACCAGAGAAUGCCAGCUACGACAAGGUCAUCUCAUAA